GCUAGUAUCAACUUCUAAUCCUUUCGUCAAGAGAUAACGAGAUAACACCAGACUUUGGCUUUGGUUUACGCUGUGUAGUAGUCGAUUUGGUGAUUAACCGCAUUUAUCUCUUAUCGCGAUAGGAAGCUCUGCAGUGCUUAGUAACGGCCUCUACCACUCACAAGCCGGCCCGGAUUCUCAAAAUCUACUUUCCAAAAGUUCUGUGUGGCAAAAACCGGUUUCGGUCACGCGUUCCUUGCAAUUCGUUGCGCUGCCUUGUUCGCUCGUUGUUCCUCCUCUUCCCCACAUUCUGCUCUUCCACGUCAUUUUAUCUUCAACAAUGGCGUUCUGUUUCCCGUCUCUAGCUGACUCCUCUUCUCCUUACUCCCUCGAAUCCAGUGCAUCCCGCACAUUUCUUCAGUCUCUAUGCUUUCCUUUCAGCAGUCAAAAUGGCGAAGUCGGAAUCUUCGGUGGCAUCACGAGAAAGCUUGCCGCUGUUCCGCUUCAGCGGCCGAACUGCCAGUUACGGUUUGAAACGCAGCGUCUUGGGCUAAGUCCUGUUAAAAGUGAACGAAGGUACAGAAGAAAGAGACGUAGCCCGGAUCCUCUGCAGCUCGCACUGAUACAGUACGAAGGAUUGGAUUGCUCUGCUCACAAUUCUUCUGUCGGUUCUUCCUCCAGUGAAAAUACCAUAGUGGACGCAGAUGACGAAAAUGUUGACAAGGAGGCUAAGCAAGCCUUGUCCAGAGGACAGACUUAUCGUCGGAGUAAAUCAUAUGGGCGCCGCGCAUUUCUUUUGAACGCCACCCCUCUUCAAAUGACACCAAAGGAAUCCGAAGCGACUUCCUCUGCUGGCCAACUCGAAGACGCGUCUCUCACGCGUCCAGAGAGAAGCGAUCGUAUGCUUUACGAUCCAAUAUCUGAGCCGACUGCGUCACCGGACCUGUUUUACUGCGCGUGCGAUGAACAGAGAAGCACAUUCGAUAAAAUCAUCGAUGGUGUGGUUGACUGGUGGUACAGGGAUUCUUACCGGAGUAUCAGCAGUGAAAGCUCUGAUAACGAUAACGAUAGUGGAAGUGAUGAGGACGAGAGAAGCAGUCAAAAGGCACAGUUAUUGGCAAGCUACAAGUUUCUCGAUCGAAGAUGCGACUUCUGCAAAGCGGCAGAUCAGCUCGGCGUUCUGGAGCAGUAGGCGCGGUUUUACGGAUUAUGCCUAGAGAUAUGCAGUUGUGUGGUGCGGGGUAUCUACUUUGUCGUUCGCUUCCCAACACGCAGAACCGCAUCUCUAUAUCCGAUACGUAAGGGUCUUUCGAAAAGAGUUAUUUUCUUUGCUUCUAGCAUAAUGGUGUCUUCGCGCGUAGUAUAGUUAUCGCUCA